UUGUCGCUAGCCUGGUAGCUAGUUGACAACAAUGGGCGAUAGUGAGCAGGUAGAGUGGAAGUUUAUGAAAUUAUACCUUACCGAUAUUGUAAAAACUAUUUCGAAUAAAUCUGCUACACGGAGGUCGAAAAGAAAACCGGUUUCCUAUCAUGAAGAACAACAGCCGGAGGUGGCCACUCCUCAAAGCUCAGAGAGGCAGCUGAGAACUCCUCAGAGAAACUCCCGGAGGCAAAGUCCCAGGACGCAUUCUAGUGUUCUAAAAGAACAAGAGAGGGGCUUUUCUCCCGUGUCUGGUUCUGGGGAGGAGAGCGACAAGGAGGCCUCCCCACCGAAAAGGAGGAACAGAAUAAGCAGCUCCAAAAAGACAAGAACAAAGUCUCCCUCAAAGGAUUGUGAUGACUGUUCCGGGGCCGAGCCUGGUGAACAGCUAGAAGAGAGCACAAAAAGAAAAUGUAAAUAUAGCAACUCAAAAAAGAAAAGGACCAAUAUUUGCUGCAAGGAGGAGGAUAAUGACAAUUUGUCAGAUGUACAAACUGUGGUGGCUUCCCCCAGAAAAAGGCGGCAAUGUAGUGACUUCAAUGUAUUUGAAGCGGAGACUGAGCCUGAGGUGGAGGAAGUUGUGGAGGAGGAGACUGAAGUGGCCUCUGCUUCUAAGAGGAGGAAGCAGCGCAGCCCCCAAAAAAGAACUACGCCUCGUGGAGAGGACAAAGCUGAAAGUGAUCAUUAUGAAUUGGUAGAACAGGCUGAAGAAACUCCCCCUAGAAAAAAACGUAGCAAGUCUAAAAAGGUAAGAACCAGGACUCCCUCUGAAGACGUGGUGGAAGUUGAAAGUGCCCACUUCAAGACGGAAGAACACGCUGCAGCUGAAGACACAAACCUCAGAAAAAGACAGAGGAGGUCUAAGAAAUCUAAAAAGAAGAGAUCCAAGAGUCCUCCCAAGGAGGCCAGCGACACAGAGAGUGAUGGUGAAUCAGGCAAACAUGUUUCCAAGACCUGGCCUAAGGACUUACAUGAAGAAGAGCGUGACCAAGAUGGCAAGACUCGAUCUAAGGACCUAAGUGAGGAGAGUGACCAAGGCUCCCAGACUGAGCCUAAAGACUUAAGUGAAGAGUGGCACUGUUCUGACCAUUCAGAGGAGUCUGAACAGGAGGUGUUACCUGCAAAGAGAAAAAGAGGACCCAAGAGCAAGAAGACAAUGAAGUUAGAUUCUGAAAACGUCACUGUUAAAAAGAAAGGCAAAAAGCAAGGUGCCGCAUGUUUGAAGGCACCAAGAAUAAGAUUCACACCACCUAUAGAGAAAAGGAUAAGGGUGAAAACACUUCAUAUUUGCAGUUUCUGUGAAAAGGUCCUGCCAAACAGGGCUGCGCUGAGUAGGCACCUUCAGCAUCACACAGGGGAGAAGCCUUACCACUGUGAGGAGUGUGGCAAAGACUACGGCAGCAAAACCACCCUGAAGAUUCACAACAUGCAGGUUCACCACAAGGGGACAAAGGACUUCAUAUGCAAUGAGUGUGACCAACAGUUUACCCACCUCACAUACCUCAAACGCCACAUGUACUCCCACACGGACAAGGAAAAGAGGCCACACCUGUGCAAUGUGUGCGGGAAGCAUUUUAUCCAGAAGUCCCACCUGGACCGCCACAAGAUGAUUCACACCGGAGAGAAACCAUUCAGCUGCGAACACUGCGCCAUGGCCUUCAAUCGGCCGGAGUACCUGCGAAUGCAUCUGAAGCUGCACGUGUCGGGCAGUGAGGGGCCAAAUAUGGCAGAGCAAGAGAAGACGAAGUGCACAGAGUGCAACAAGUGUUUUGUCAACCCAAAGUACCUCAACAUCCACAUGAGAAUGCACACUGGGGAGAGGCCAUACGAGUGUGAGGACUGUGCUAAGAGCUUCACCCAGACCAGUAUUCUCAACGCGCACCGACGUACGCACACUGGGGAAAAGCCACACAAGUGUAAGGUGUGCGGCAGCUGCUUCACCCGUCGCAAGUACCUGGAGGAUCACAUAGGCAGAAAGCAUGGGUCUUUACAGCAAAUGAAGGAACAGCAGGAUGAACAAUGACAACACUGGGUGUUGUGUGGUAAUGUAAUGUUAUGUUACGGUGGGGUCUGGAGAUAUUGGAUGCCUUGAUAAAGAUGAGCAAAAAAGACUGUAUGAAAUAAAUAAUACAAAUACUGAGCUAUAUUGUAUGCAACAUUUUUGUAUUUAUUUUAGGGAUGGAUCCACAUUUACAUAACGGGUACCUGGAAGAAAAUGGGGUGGAGUCAUGCUUUUUUAAUUUCAGUCUAGAGGAGUGUGUAGUUUUUUUUUUAAAUCUAGUCCAGGGGAGAUUUUUUUGUUAUUUGUAAUUGAUGAAAUGUCUGUAUUUCUCAGUGUUAAUGGAUAAGUUACUUAUAAGUCUAUAUAUCGCUGUGUGCCCGAUGCCGCACAUGUCGGCAUGUCUCAAUCAAAUAGACUAUAGGCUAUGAAGUGCAUGCUGGGAGAAGCACAGAACAAAGUUAUAUUUCUAAGAUAGCUGCUGGGAUGGUGUAACUGCAACUAGACUGCAUUACACACUGCAGUGGAUAUUCCAACCCUGAGCCACGACCUGCUCUGCUGUUAUGGCUGUGUUGCUUAUGCCUAUGGUGUCAGUUCAAGGAGUCAUGGUUCUUCCGAUUUUUUGUUGUUGUUUUUGUUUGUUGUCGAUUCGGUCUAGUAAAAAUCGUUCACCUGCACUUAUGGACUGCCCUCUUCAAUUCAAACCACAGGUUUUCAAUGGGGUUCAAGUCUAGAGACUUGAUGUUGAUUUUGUGUUCAAUUAACCAUUUCUGAGUGGAUUUUGAUGUGUGCUUGCCGUUAUUGUCUUGCUGGAAGAUCCACUUGCGGCCAAGUUUCAGCCUCCUGGCAGAGGCAAUCAGGUUUUUUGGCUAAAAUGUCCUGGUACUUGGUGAAGUUCCUGAUGCCGUUGACUUUUACAAGGGCCCAAGGACCAGUGGAAGAAAUGUAGUCCCAUAACAUCAAAGAUCCACCACAGGGCACUCCAUAAGUGCAGAUGAUGGAUAUCAAGGAUCUGGAAAGAUUCUGAAUGGUUUAAGAUCCCUCCCAACGUGUUCUCUAAUCUCAUAAAACAUUUUAGAAGAAGGCUCAGUGUUGUUGUCGUAGCAAGGGGAGGGUGCUGGAGUAUUAAAAACAGGGGAUCCAAUAAUUUUGAUCCCUAUCUUUUUGAGAUUUUUUAUAUGUUAAACAAUCUCUUUCUUUGAGCAAAUGUAUUAGUAUAAAAUACAUCUCCAUUUUUUUUAGUAUACUAUAUAGUUCAGUAUUUGUAUUCUUUUUUUAUAGUCUUUUUCUGUUCAUCUUUGUCAAGGGAUCCAAUAAUUCCGAACUCCACUGUAUAUAGAGAAGCUCAGGCCAGGCUGGACUGUUGCCUAGCGGUUUGUCUUGUGAUGUUGCAGGAUGUUAUUUUCCUGUCAUGCCAUAACAAAAUGACUCUUGGCUGUAUAGUGGUGCCCAUUCUGAAGAUGGAUAUGUAUCCUUUAAAGAUCAUUAAUUUGAGUCCUCAAGUAAACUUUGAUGAUACACACAAUUGUAAUGUUGUUAUUGGUUUUCCAUACAGUGCCUCUGUAAUUAUUGGGACAGUGAAGCAUUUUUUUCUUCUUUUGGCUUUAUACUUCAAAAGUAUGGAUUUGAAAUCAAACAAUGACUACGAGGUUAAAGUGCAGUCAGCUUUAUUUUUAGAUUGUUUUUCAUCCAUAUCUGGUGAACCGUUUGGAAAUUACAGCCCUUUUUGUACAUAGUCCCCCAUUUUAGGGGAGCACUAAUGUGUAUUGAAGUAGUAAAAAGUAAAAUAUUUGGUCCCAUAUUCAGAGCACGCAAUGACUACAUAAAGCUUGUGACUACACAUUUUUUGGGGGAUUUGCUGUUUGUUUUGGUUGUGUUUCAGAUUAUUUUGUGCCCAAUAGAAAUUAAUGCAAAAUAAUGUGUUAUAAUUUUUUGGUAAAUAAGAAUAAAAUAUGUUUCUAAAUAGUUCUACAUUAAUGAUAAUGAAUUAAUGAUACCUUAAUACAUCAUACAUUAAUGAUGAGUUAGAAAGUCGCACAAAUAUCAUACCCCAAAGACGAACCUCUCACCAUUACAGUACCAAUAACAGGGGAGGUUAGCAUUUGGGGGGGAGUGGGGGGUAUGAUAUGUGUAACUUUCUCAUCAUUAUUCAUGAUUCAUUCAGGAUUACCUGUAAUCAUGGUAGCAUCCUCAAAUGAAAGCUGACAGUCUGCACUUUAACUUCAUAGUCAUUGUCUGAUUUCAAAUCAAAACUUUUUGAGUAUAGAGACGAGAAGACAAAAUGCUUCACUGUCCCAAUAAUUAUGGAGGGCACUCUAAACAGUGCAUUCGGAAAGUAUUCAGACCCUUUGACUUUUCCCACAUUUUGUUACCUUACAGUCUUUGAUUAAAUCGUUUUUUCCCCUCAUCAAUCUGCACACAAAACCCAUUAAUGACAAAGGAAAACCCGUUUUUUAGAAAUCUUAGCAAAUUUAUGAAAAACAUAUCACUUUUACAUAAGUAUUCAGACCCUUUAUUCAGUACUUUGUUGAAGCACCUUUGGCAGCAAUAACAGCCUCGAGUCUUCUUGGGUAUGAUGCUACAAGCUUGGCACACCUGUAUUUGGGGAGUUUCUCCCAUUCUUCUCUGCAGAUCCUCUCAAGCUCUGUCAGGUUGGGUGGGGAGCGUCGCUGCACAGCUAUUUUCAGGUCUCUCCAGAGAUGUUCAAGUCCGGGCUCUGGCUGAGACACUCAAGGACAAUCAGAGACUUGUCCCGAAGCCACUCCUGCUUUGUCUUGGCUGUGUGCUUAGGGUCAUUGUCCACUGUGUUCUUGGGGACCUUCAAACUUUAUGCUUACACUUUUGUAUGAUACAUUUUUUUGUUGAGUGAAUUUAUUGUUCUCCAUGCUUAAUCAAUAAUUUUAUACCCCUCAUCAUUUUGAAUUGUUUCCUUGGUGAAUUUGCUUGUUUUGGCCUUUUCACUGGAAAUGUGAACAUAGGUCAUUCAUAAAUCUUCAGGCUUGAUAUAAACCAAAGUGUUUGAAA